AUGCUGAAGCACGCUUACCCGGAGGUGCUGUCCAGAUCGGCAGUGUCGCAGGCAACCAGCCGGGACCCGGUCCUGUCACAGGUGGUCAAGGCGGUGUCCCGAGGGGAAGAGUUGGCUGAGCGGAUGUACAGCCAUAAGUCCGCCGAGCUGAGCCUGCAGCAGGGCUGCCUGCUGUGGGGCUCCAGGGUGGUGAUUCCGCAGAGCUUGCGGUCCAUGGUCCUGCAGUUGCUGCACGCGGGCCAUCCAGGCGUGGAGAAGACCAAGAUGGUUGCCUGGUCCCACGUUUGGUGGCCUGGCCUGGUCCAGGACAUCGCUCGCAUGGUGCAGAGCUGCCAGGUCUGCCAGAAGAACCAGCGAGCCUCGCGCCAUCUGGAGAUCACCCCCUGGCCGUUGCAGGAGAAGCCGUGGUCCCACCUGCACGUGGAUUUCGGGGGCCCCUUUAAGGGCCACUGCUUUCUGGUGGGGAUGGACGUCUUCUCCAAGUGGGUGGAGGUACUUCCAGUCACCACUCCCUCGGUAGGGGCCACCAUUGCAGCGUUGCGGAAAGUCUUCACUCCCCAGGGGUUGCCGGACGUCAUCGUGUCCAACAACGGUCCUGCUUUUGCCAGCGAGGAGUAUCUGUCCUGGCUGACGAAUAACGGCAUCCGCCGGAUGAUGGUUCUGCCGUACCACCCCGCGUCGAACGGUGCUGCCGAGCGGGUGGUACAAACAGUCAAAGACAAGCUCAAGAAAAGCAAGGGUGGGGAUUUCCAGACGCAGGUUGCCCGAGUCCUUUAUCAGUACCGGACCACACCCCACGACGUCACGGGCCGUGCCCCCUGCAAGCUCCUGCUGGGCCGGAUGGUGAAGACACCGUUGGACGUCUUGCACCCCGACCUCCGGUCCACAGCGCUCCUGAAGCAGCUCAAGCACAGGCUGGCGGCUGACAGUAGUUGCCGUCCUGGGCCGUUGCAGGAGUCCGGUGCUCCGGUCUUCGCCAGAAACUUCCGGCCUGGUCCACCCUGGUCUGCCGGGCACGUGGUCUCUCCAGCCAGUGCAUCAUUACUGCUCGUUCGCAUGUCGGACGGGACCACGUGGCACCGACAUGCUGACCAUGUGAGGCAUCGCCUGGCGACCUCAGCCCCCGUCCCUUCAGGAAGCCAGCAGGCAGGGGAGCCAAGUGCAGUGACCGAUGCCAGCACAGCACCAGGGGCUGGUGCUACUCGCACCACUGUGAUGCCGCCUGCAAGUCCGGGGACAACAGCAAGGCAGGCAGACAGUGCGACAGCGACGCAGGCAGCGCCUGAUGCGACCACACCUGCGACACCCGUGCUGAGGCGGAGUGCGAGGCACCGGAGACCACCAGACCGCUACUCGCCGGAUGGACAGGUGUUUGUGUUUGUGUGGACAAACAAACUAGGGGGUGAGGGGUACCAGCAUCAUCUGGUCUUUCACCAUAGCCCCUUCCCGGAGAUGAGCCAACCACCAAAGUCUCGCAAGGUGGCCAGCCAGUUCCCGAUGGCGGUCGCAAUUUGCUGCAGCAACGGACGUGGUGGGGGUGGUAAUUUCGGCAUUGCCAGUGCCUGUGGCCACCACCGUGCCUCGGCCGGUGCUCCUCCCAACCACGGUGGCGGCUACUCCCUGGGUGGCUGCGUCGCGGCGGCUUCGGAUGAUGGCAGCCGUGCUGAUGCCGUGACCCGAACUUUCCUGUUAUAUCCAAGACCGCCAUAG